UCAGUUAAAACAGGUAUGAUGGUAACUUAAGCCACCGGCACAAAUCAGUUGCAGACAUUCAGCCAUACGAGGCAGUUGUGUAAGCGCGUCGCGGUGUGUAAUUGAUCGAUCAUUACGACAACCCAGCCACGAAAUCGACAAAACUUGCAGAAAGUAAAAAAAAAAUAAAACAAGAAAAAUAUAUUAAGAAAAAAAAAAAAAUUUUUUUUUUUUUUUUUUUUUGAAAGAAUAAAAUUAAUCGCAUAAAUCAAAGAAAUUCAAAACUUGACUGUCAACGAAAAAGAUACUAAAGAAAGAUCAACAUGAAAUUUGCCAUUUUGCUUUGUGUGUUAAGUGUGUUGCUGGUGCAUCAAACAGUCGCUUCCCCAAUUAAAUUAGGCGAAAGACAGGAGCGUGCCUUGGCCCGUCAGCAAAGUGCAGGUGUUGCACCUGCCGUACAAGCUGUCGACGAAGAUGACGAUGAUGACGAUGACGAAGACGAUGAUGAUUAUGGACCCGAUUUAGGUGAACUCGUGGAAGAUGAUGAUGUUGUCUUUGUUUCGGGGCUUUCAGAUGAUGAUGAUGACGAUGAGGAAGACGACGACGAUGAUGAAGAAGACGAUAGACCUCAAGGACAAGCCGCCCCAGCUGCUGCCACAUCCGAUGAUGAUGACGAUGAGGACGACGACGACGAUGAUUAUCUAGAUAGAUUAUUCGAUGAUAUUUUGGGUGAAGAAGAUGACGAUGAUGACGAUGAUGAUGAUAUUGUCAGUCCAGUCGCUAAUGUACAGCGCCCUGUAGUUGCCCCGAUUAAUCCUGUUGAAGAUUUAUCAUCGCCUUCGCAAAUUACUUCCGCUGCUCUAUCAGAUGGUGUAGAUUUGCCAGCGGAGAGCGGCAAUGCGGUUGAAACGAUUGCUACAGACAAUAGUAUCGAUCCGAAUGUAGCGCCUUUAACUUCAAUUAACAACGAAGGUGCUCUGACAGGCGAUGACGAUGAUACCGACGAUGACGACGAUGAUGAAGAUGAUGACGAUGAUGACAUUAUCGGCGACGAUGUCAUUGAAGCAAGACGUGCUGCACGUUCAUUAAAGAAUAACAACAUAAUCGAUAUGACUGCGGAUGCAUUCCAGGAACGUAAUAAUCAUUUUGUUGAUGCAAUAUUCGCUCGUAUUAAUCAAAUUGUGGCCAACAGCUACGAUCCUUUCAUUGUACAGCUAAGCGGUCGGACAGCAAUGAAACCGAAUAUACAAAAAACACAAAGCCACACCGCCAGCAAUAAUAAAAGUAAAGCAAAAGGCAACAAGCCCUCGCCGGCCAAGACAUCGAUAAAGAAAUUAAAAAAUACGAAAUCUGAGCCACGCACUCAUACGGCGUCAAUAGAAGCCGUAGCAGAUAGUAACACUAUUGGCAACAGCGAACAAAAUCUGUCAAGUGCAAGCCAAGAGUACGAAAAACGAAUUGAAUCGAAAACGCAAACCCAACUGCAACAAGAACGCCAGCAAUUGGAAAAAUUGCAAAACCACCAACAACAACUGCAGCAACAUAAGUAUAUUGUAGAAAACAAGCAAAUUGAUGACGAUGCCGGUGUACCGAAUAAUGAAAAAAAGACUGAAACCCAAACUGAAGACAACGAUAACAGACAGCCGGAAAAGCGUACUGCAUUUGUCAAUGAGGCUGCCGUCAAAUCGGGUCACGAGAGUAGAAAAACUUCCACCAAGUCGCAUAAGCAGAGUGCAGUGAAAAAAGGUCAAAAUGCUGGGGGCGCUAGUACAACGACCGUAAAUAGCAAUAACAACAAUGUUAAAAAAAAACAAAAAACCGCUUCCACCAGCACUAUUAACAGUAACAACAAAAUUGAUAAAGCUAGUAAGGACGGAGAAGUGCAAAAGGCUCAAGGUAGUCUAACUGGUUUAGCGUCAUUGAAGCGUGUCGGCAACGUUAAAGUGGUUACCGACCCGGAAGGCCGCAACUCAACAAUUAAGGCUAAAUUUACUUUGGGGCCCUUGAUUUUACGCGUUGAAAAAUCAUUCAAACGUGCCGGCGUUGAGAAUGUGAAAAGCGCUACUGCUCGCACCAAUGAAAUGAUCGGACGCAUUAAGUUCGGUGUUGUUAACGAUCGCGCUACACUGAUAUCAAUUAAAGUUCAACAACCAAAACAGGUCGAAGUUGAAAGUAAAGACAAUCAUGACCGUACGCGUGAGUUUGUCUGGCGUCGCACACCAAAAAUUGCCAGAUUGGUUAAUGAAAAACUCAAAUUGGCAGCCGACAUGCUCUUUGCACCCCAGGGCGUACCAGCUGUCAGGCUUUAAAUCAGUGUAACAACUGUACAUAGACACACGAACCCACAAAUACACAAAUUUAAACGCAUAGUUACACGAACACACUUACAUGCAUACACAUAGGCAAAAACACAUAAACAUACCAUUAUAUUAUAAUAAAUUCUACAAAAAUCUAAGAAAUAAUUCUUCUUGUCCUC